AUGGCAUAUCAGUUAUUCGCAAAGUCCCAAUCCAGGGGAUCAUCCUCUUCACCAUCUCCACAACGUCAGUGCCGUCCCCAUAAUCCACCCAUCCACCCACCACCCCUCCAACCGCCGGCCGUCGCAAAGAGUGGCCUAAAUGCCAGCCAGGACACUUUCCCGCCAUAUCCUUAUGAGAAUCUCGCAAGCUACCCUACAUCAGAACCUUCCAUUACAGUGGAGACUGUGAAGACCGCACAUAUACCUUCUUUGACGCGUAUCACAAGUACACUGCUGCCAAUUCGCUAUCCAAGCUCGUUUUACACAGCUACGAUUACCGAUCCGGUCAUCGCGUCGAUUUCACGAGUCGCAAUAUACCAUGACCACCCUGUGGCCGCGGUAACGGACCCUGGAGCUUUGACUGGUAUGGACAAAGUGAUUGGAGGUAUUCGGUGCCGGCUGGAGAGACAGGACGGGGAGACAGUGCACGGACGAGAGGUUACCAACCUGUACAUCCAGACCUUGCAUCUUCUGUCAGCUUACCGCGGUCGUGGUGUUGCGACUGCACUAUUGAACUCGUUACUCUUCUCACCGGGGAAGGAGAAUCCUAGUCGGGUAUCUGAGUUGGUCAAGCACUACAACAUUUCCUCGGUCACUGCCCAUGUUCAUGAAACGAACGAAGAUGCAUUGAAGUGGUACGUGUCAAGGGGAUUUAAGGUGCAGGAUGGCGUUAUAGAAGGCUACUACCGACGUCUGAAGCCCUCGGGUGCAAGGAUCGUUCGCUUGGUAGUGCAAUGGGAGGACGAGGAAAUCGACGAGGAGCCACAAGUCACCACGGAGGCAAAUGGAACUCCUCAGAGCUCAUCUCCAAAUGAUGCAGACGACGAGGACUGGGAAAGGAUUGAGGCAGAAGAUGGAGAAGAGGGAGAUCAUGGUGUGCAGUCAUUGAAUGACUCACAAGGGGACGAAACACCUUCGAGGAAACGCAAGGCCGAGGACGAGGAUGAGAAGGGAAGUGAGCCACAACGGCGAUGA